GCAUUUCUCAAACAAACAUGGCAAAGAUAUGUACAAUGCGAUAACGAUGUUCAAAAGAUGCCGCGGCGAUUGGCUUCGGAACAAUCGGAAUACUUAAUCCGGCUAUUGAAGGAUCUCGGAACGACCCCCGACACUGCAUGAGCAUCCCACUUUAUGUAGAUCAGCUUUAGCACAACAUGCCAUGUGUUUCCUUGUAGAAAGCAGUUGAAGUACAGUCAUCACUGCUCCCUGAAUACAUCCACCCUGCUGUAUUAGCAGCAUCACACAAUUUCUCGUUAUCAACACACAUCAACCUCCACAAGCAAACAUCACAAUGGCGCCUCCACCAGCACCAGGCGUGUGGUGCCCCGCAGUCACCUUCUUCACACCAGACAGCGAGACAGCGACCCUGGACCUCGUUGCACAAAAGCAAUACUUUACCUACCUCUCCAAGUCCGGGCUCACAGGACUCGUCAUCCUGGGAUCCAAUGCAGAAGCCUUUUUGCUCACACGAGACGAAAAGAGGGCACUGAUGAAAUGCGCGCGUGAAGCCGUCGGACCAGAUUACCCCCUCAUGGUCGGCAUUUCCGGUUUCUCUGUACCCCAGGUCCUAGAGAACAUCAGCGACGCAAUCGAAGCUGGUGCAAACUACGGAUUACUGUUGCCAGCUGCAUACUACGGGCCCGCCACGUCCAAGGAAGUCGUCAUGGCUUUUUACAACGAAGUCGCACAAAAGAGCUCGCUGCCCAUUGUUAUUUACAAUUUCCCGGGUAUCUGCAGCGGCGUGGAUCUCGAUUCCGUCACUAUUGCCGCGCUUGCGCAGCAGAACCCAGGCAAGAUUGUGGGCGUGAAGUUGACGUGCGGAAGUGUAGCUAAAAUCACAAGACUCUGUGCUGAACUGCCGAGCGACAUGUUUUCGACGUUUGCAGGACAGGCCGACUGGAUGAUUGCUGGGUUGGCCGUUGGGAGCGCGGGGUGCGUGUCAGCGUUUAGUAAUGUUUUUCCCAAGGUCUGCUCGAAGAUUUACGAGCUGUAUACGAGUGGGAAGACAAAGGAGGCCCUGGAGCUGCAUCGUAAGGCUGCGCUGGCUGAGAGCCCGAUUAAGGCUGGGAUUGCGCCGACAAAACAUGCGGUUAGUCAGUACAGUGCGAAGGCGGCGGGGAUUGAGGGUGCGGAGGAGAGGUUAAAUCCCAGACGGCCGUAUAUGCCGGUUGGUGAGGCGCUGAAGACGAGUGUGAAGAAUACCAUGGGGGAAUUGGCUGCGAUAGAGAAUAGCUUGUAGAUUAGCUUCACCGAGUACAUAUCCAUUGGCGGCUAUGUAGUGAUCUAAGAAGCUACCCGA